AUGGUUGGCCCACACGAGGCACACUCAUGGUUCUCAUAUCUUCUACUCGUCCCUAUACGUUUUACAGGACUGGCAGAGGACAAACCCAACUGUAUCCUGGAGCCGCUCACCCUGCCAGAGAGGCAAGAAUCUCCCAGCAUUCCCUCUGACUCUGCGGCCGGUGCAGCCGACAGUGUUGCUGAGUCAGACAGACUGGUCUGCCUGUUGUGUGAGCAGACGUUUGAAGACUCCGCCGGGGACAGGGACAUGUUCCUGGCACACUUACUGGUGGAACAUAAGGUCGUGAUUGCAGAUGUGAAGCUCAUAGCUGACCUGAAAAGAUAUGCCAAACACUGGAAGGAGAGAUUUCAGGACCAGCCCCUGACAGAGUUCUGCAGUGUGAUCAGAACCAACACCCACCCGACAGACAAGGCACCAAGUGAGGACUUCUACCUGCUGUGUGACGUUCUACCAGAGGACAAGCAGUUACGGGAGGAGCUGCAAAGGGGCAGGCUGGAGGAGAUUUUGACCCAACAGCACAAAGAAAGGACUGAUGCUCACUUCUCCAGGGCCUGUCUUUUCUGUAAGAUGCACUUCCAAGGCAAUAGGUGUGAACUUUUCAACCACAUGACGUUUGACCAUGGGUUUAACGUUGGACAGCCUGAUAACUUAGUUUAUGCCAAUGAAUUCCUGGAUAUACUACAAGAAAAGCUGGAAGGACUACAGUGUCUUUAUUGUGAAAAGACAUUUAAGGACAGGCCAACGUUAAAGGACCACAUGAGGAAGAAACUCCACAAGAAGAUCAACCCCAAGAACACAGCAUACGACAAGUUCUAUGUCAUUAACUACCUGGAGUUGGGGAAGAACUGGGAGUCCAUCCAGGCAGAGGAUGACACUGAGGUGGUCACUGAAGACACAGACAAGGAGGAAGAGUGGGGAGACUGGGAGGAGGAGGGUGCCCAGGCCGUGUGUCUGUUCUGUGAUGUCUCUGCAGAGUCCAUAGACAAGCUAACACAACACAUGAUGGAUGCCCAUUCCUUUGACUUCUCCAAAGUAAAAGAGUCUCUAGAGUUGACGUUUUACCAGCAGAUAAAGCUGGUGAACUACAUCCGGCGCCAGGUGCACCAGUGUAUCUGUGUGGUCUGUCAGGAGAGGUUCUCCUCCAGGGCGGCCAUGUUAGAUCACAUGACCUCCCAAGGUCACACAGGUCUUCCUGAGAAGUCGGUGUGGGACCAGCCACAGUAUUUUUUCCCCACGUAUGAGAACGACACCCUUCUGUGUAACCUAGAGGACAAGGAUGCUGACAGUGGUUGCCAGGGUGAUGGGAUUGUUGUUGCAGAGGAGCUACCCGUGCCUGAGCAAGGAAGUGUGCUGAGAGACAUUUUGCGAUCCUAGUUUUGAAGGAUCAACAAAGGAAGAAUCAAGACUUCUUGUACUAGACACUGGACUUUGCAUGACGUAACUUUAACAAUAGAUAGGUAAUAUUUGCAAAGAAAUUCAUAAUGUUGACCUUAAACAUGGUCUGGCCCAACAAACUACUAUUCUAACUGAAACACAUUCAUAUACUAGUAUAUGGUGACCAGCCCCCCCAGCUCUGUCCUGCCACUUGCUACGUAAUGUAAUCCAACACCACUGGCUGUCUGCUACAGCACCAGUUACCAUGGUGACAGACUUCUGGUCCAGGUCAUUGACCUUAUGUAUUUUGAGGAGAAACUGAGCAAAAAAAAAAAUAAAUGUUUUCCUUCUGCAAAUUUAAACGUAAUUACAAAGCACCAUUGAUUGCAGCAGUUGUUUGUGUUCGAUCCUUCUAGCACUAAUGUUGCUUUUAGUACAGCAAAGAAAAGGCUUGCACUUACUGACACAAGAUGGGAAGAAAGAGUAAAAACAUGAGCUGCUAUUUUUCAGUAACCUUUUUAUUCAAUGUAGCAGACAUUGCCUAUCAGCAACAAAGAUAAAUAACUCAUUAAUAGAAAAUACCUACCUAAAAUAUGGCAAACAUUAUUUAUAUCAUAAACAGGUUCAAGCAAAUUUCUUAACACUGUACCAACCUAAAUGACCUGGCUUACAACUGACACAUUACUUGUGUGCUCAACAGUUUUGGAAUGUUAUGAGUUAUACAGUAAGUUUCUGAACAAACAAACAAUGUCACAAACUAUCAGUACAUACUGGCUGUAUUUCCACAUGUAUUCUGAUUCAAGUUUCUGGAAGUUAGAUUUUACCCCAACAAGAUUAUUCCCUACAAGUUCCCUCAACUUGAGAAGAAAGACCCCUUGCUCAGAUGCUAUCGUGCAAUUGAUGUUUUGUAAAAGAUUUAGAUAGUUUAAUAAAAAGUUUACAGACACCAUUACAUGCAUCAAGGAGGUACAUUGUACUGUAUUCAAAGGAAUGAGGUAGUAUUCAACUUUGCAAGGUACUGUUUUUGGAAAACCUUGGUUGUCCCACUGACAAUAAAAUACUGUAAAUUACAAUUU